UUUGGUGGACGCGAGAAUCGUACUAUUUCCGUCCACAUGCGGUGAAAAACAGAGAUAAAAAGAUGUUCGCGUCGACACUGUCAUCAAAUAGAACGUAGCCCGCGAAUAUUUUGACAAGCUCGAGCCGGUUGUUUUGAUUUUAGGGACAAGAGGAGGUUAGGAUUUCAAGAAUGGUGGGUGUUUUAAACGAAUCCGACAGCGAGGACGAAUUACCACCGGGGUGGGAAGAACGGACGACAUUGGAUGGGAAUGUUUAUUACGUGAAUCACUAUAUUAAGGGCACCCAAUGGACUCAUCCUAGAACUGGCCGCAAGAAGAUCGUUGACGGAGAUCUUCCAUCUGGAUGGGAGAGAUGUGUAUCAGAUGAUGGUAAAGUUCUAUUUGUCGACCAUACAAACCGUACAACGACCUACACUGAUCCAAGACUUGCAUUUGCCACUGAGUACAGAGAUAUGUCUCAACCAGUACGACAGAGAUUCGAUGGCAGUAGCACAGCUCUGGCAGUGUUAUAUGGCAGAGAUUUACGUGACAAAGUUGCCUUAGUCACAGGAGCUAAUACAGGCAUUGGGUACGAAACUGCUAGAUCCUUAGCUUUACACGGCUGUAGUGUGGUAUUAGCCUGCAGAGAUAUAGAGAAAACUGAAGAAGCAAUAAGGCGUAUUAAAUGUGAGAAGGAGGGUGUAAAUUGCAGAGCACUGAAGUUGGACUUAUCGUCAUUACAUAGUGUGCAAGAAGCUGUGGAGGAGUUCAAGAAGUCAUUUAAGUCUCUUGACAUUCUCAUAUUAAACGCUGGUGUGCUUGGAAUACCAUAUCAGCUCACAAAUGACGGUUACGAGACAACGUUUCAAGUGAAUCACUUGUCGCAGUUUUAUCUGACACUCUUAUUAGAACAUUCCAUACAAAAAGCUGCUAAUCCUAGAAUUGUAAUAGUUUCCAGCGAAUCGCACAGAUUUUCAACGAUACGAAAUCUAGAAGAUAUUCAACAGUCGAGAUUGUCCCCGCCGGCGAACAAGUACUGGGCGAUGGGAGCGUAUAACGAUUCGAAGCUCUGCAAUGUCAUGUUCGCGCAAGAACUGGCGCAUAGGUGGCCCACUGUAAGUGUGUUCUCCUGCCAUCCCGGCAACCUGGUGUCUUCGUCCUUAUCGCGAUACUGGUGGCUAUUUAAAGUGCUGUUCAUACUAGGACGGCCAUUUACGAAAUCGUUGCAACAAGCAGCAAGCACGUCGAUAUUCUGUGCAACGGCACUCGAGCUGGACGGCGUAACCGGUGGCUACUUCAACAACUGUUACCGCUGCUCUCCGUCGAGUGCGUCGUUGAAUCGCUCACUAAGUUUGCGGUUGUGGGAUCUCAGCCAGGAAAUGAUAAUAAAUGUUACAGAUAUGGCUUGGAACCAGGACUGUGUCAAAGAUUAAGGGGUUAAUUAAAGGGGUAAUAAAGAUAAAAGGGUUAUAUAGGUCGUUGAAUGAUUUCAAUUGUUAAUAUUGGUUUUUACUUUUAAGGGUCUUGUGGUUUUCAAAAUAUAUUAAAUUAUACUAGUUA